CCGCUCUGGACGGUGGCGCCGCCGGUGACGGCGGGCGAGACUCGACCGCCACAUAUAUAACCGCUUAUAUGCAAAUGUAACUACUUAUAAAAAUGAGUGAAUUACUAUUUACAUAUAAAGUUACAAAGUAACUUUAACAUGCACACAUAUACGAAAAUAAAUUACGGUGCUCAUCAUUUUUUAAAAAAUUACAAAUUCUGUGUAAAUACUAAAAGUAACAUGGCAUCUCUUUAUCACACAAGACAGUUACUGCUGCUUAUAUUUUGAACUCAAGCUAGUGUGUACACUUCACGAAUAGAAAUUCCCACCCAAAGUGAAAAGUGAAACCAGAAAGCAGUUAAUUUCCCUAGUUUUUAAAUUUAUAUCAAGCCAGCCGGCGGAGAAGCGGGAGGAGAUAUAAGGAACUGUUUGGUGAGCGCAAGUGGCUGAAGAUGCUGAUCUUCCAUAUCUGGAAAAGUUAAUUGACACGCUCCGGUCAGUUGAAUUAUUCUUCAUUUCCAAAAAUAGAUGACAAUACACCAAUCAAAACGCAGUAUUUCUAUCCAGCAAGCAAUCCAGCACGAAAACAAGCAUCAUGUGGCGCUGGCUUUAAUGCUAAUCAGUGUACUUGUCCGUUAUAGUUCAAUUCAGUUCUUCUGCAUUUCUCGUACAGUAAAAACAAGCAAAUCUAGAGUUGUCAUUGUUUGGUUACAAAUUGAAAAUAGAAAUCCUGCCAAAAUAGCAUUAUGGACUGCUAUUAUUGGGAGACAUGAUUCGAAUUCCUCGAAGAAUUGGUUUAUAUGUGAGGUACACUUUUCUGCUAAUAUGUGGGAGAAAUCUGGCAUUGAUGGAAAGCGAAAACUAAAGCAGCAUGCAAUCCCAACAAUUUUUAACAACGUAUUUACCUCUUAUGUUGAUAAAAAAAGAAAUGUUAAAAAUCACAAAUCAGUUUCAAAGACAGUUUUAGACAAUGAAUGUCAUCAAGUGUCUGAUGACAAAAUCAGCCCAGAUCUUUCUAUGAAAAUAUCGGACUCAAGUGAAGAAAGUUCUAAAGAAUGUUUCACAGAAGUAGAAAAACAAACAUCUGCAACAGAAGAUGUAUUAAAACUAAUCGCAGUAUGCAAUACAUGCAAUAUACGAUAUAUGUAUACAAAAAGUGAUUAUGAUGAGAUGCAAAAUCUUAAUGAAGAAUGAGUAGAAAUGCUAUCAGAAAUAAAGCGACUAGUCAUGAUUAAAAAUAAAUCAGCUAAAGUUAAGAGAGCAUUAUGGAAAAUAGUAGAAAUGGUAGAUAUGGAAAUAGCAAAUAUGGAAAAAUCUCAAUAUUGUCAAUGUCUAUUCGAAGACUAAUCGAUCAUCGUUGGUCAAUUUGCUUAUUGCUUAUAUUUUAAAGCAAGAUUGUGGACAAGAGAUAAGCCUCGAUCAUCGAUCGUGUGCUUUUAAAAAGUCAGUCAUAAUGAAAACAAGAUCAUAUUGAUCAUAUGCGAUUAGGAUUGAUAUUGGAUUGAAAUUUAACUAGAGCAAAAUUCACUAAACUCUAAUUUAGUGAAUCUUGUUCUGAUUGACCAAUAUUUAAUACGGUCUCAAUCCUAAUUCGUAGUCUGAUACGUGCAUUACAGGCAGCAGUUACAGAUAUUUUCAAAUACGCCCUCAACAAAGAGAAUUUAUCACGUAUUUUAAUUAUCUAAUAAAUAGGAAAUUUGUAACAGUUGCUGCGCGAGAAGUCCUAAGGAUCCUAGAAAUUCUCUAUUUGACAGCCAAUUAGAGCGUUGAAUAAAGAUGUUGAUAUGAAAUAUACGAUGUCGUGCAAUUAAUUCUCAACAGUUUACACUCCUGCCAGCAUCACCUAACGUAACCUAACCCGCUUCACGGCCAUGGCAUUCGAUCGGACUGGGAUACGGAUACAACGCGCGAACCCAAUGCGUCCGCUGUUCCUGUUGUCGUAAAGUCAACGAUGACGCGCGGUUACCUUAUAACAACAGUGAUGAAAUAGCGAACACGCAUCGACGGACCGCGGUGGUAGUGAAUCUCCUAAGGAUGCUGAUAUCGGAGUGACGAGACGAUUAAAUUUGUUAUGAUGGAGUAGAUGUUGCGCAUGUAACGAAAUAUCUGUGACUAAGCGCGUCAGCCAGCGUUUUAUAAACAUCUAUUGGUGUCUGGUCUCUUUCCCGUUAGGGAUCGUGUCAG